UCUCACGUUAUUCACAAUGCCAUCGUUUCCUCCCGUUAUCUUCCUCCUCCUAGUCUUUAUCCCUUCAGUAUUAUCAGCACCGGUGACAAGUUUAACCAACGACUAUUACCAAGAAACGUGUCCUGAUUUCAGUAAAAUUGUUCGUGAAGUCGUUACGACCACGCAAGGCCCGCAGGGGAGGACAGCUGCUGGAAUACUCCGUCUCUUUUUCCACGAUUGUUUCUUAGAAGGAUGCGACGCGUCCGUACUGAUCGCUAAAGAUGCUUUAAACAAAUCUGAACGCGAUGAUGAAAUCAACCAUUCGCUUACGGAAGAAACGUUUGAAAUCGUGACUAGGAUAAAAACAGCUCUUGAAAAGUCUUGUCCCGGUGUUGUGUCUUGCGCAGACAUCUUGGCUCAGUCCACGCAUGAAGCUGUCACAAUGAUCGGUGGGCCUUCCUACGAAGUCAAGUUAGGUCGUAAAGAUGGGUGCGAGUCGAAAGCUCGAAAAGUUGGAGAAAACUUACCAUUACCAAACCACACGGUCCACGAAAUGAUGUCGUUAUUUCAAAAGAAGGGUUUCACUCUAAAGGAGAUGGUUGCGUUAAGCGGCGCACACACUAUCGGAAUUGCUCAUUGCAAAGAUUUCAUCUGCCGGGUCACUGGGCCGCGACCUGAUCUAGAUAUCGAUGCGGAAUACGCAGAAGUUCUUAAAAGUCAAUGCAAGGAUUACACAGUAGUGAAUGAAACAAGGGGGUCGUUUUUUGAUCCGGUGACGCCAGACAAAUUCGAUAAUAUGUAUUACAAGAACUUGGAAAACGGGAGGGGACUGUUAGCUUCCGACAACAUCUUGUUUAAAGAUAAUAGCACGAGACCGUUCGUGGAGUUGUAUGCGAAUAACCAGACGGUUUUUUUCGAGGAUUUCGCACGUGCCAUGGAGAAACUAGGCAUGGUCGGUGUUAAGGUCGACAAAAAUGGAGACGUGAGACUCAGAUGUGAUAACUUAAACAAACCUAAGGAAGCAAUAUUAAGAGUAUAAUUGAGCUCAGUUUUUGUUUUGUUUUGAAUAAUGUAUUUAUAAGUUAACGUAAGAAUACCUACAGUGAGAAAAAAAAUCACGGAGUGUAAUGAUAUUAUAUGUUUUGUUUUUGGAUUAUGAAGUUUUGUAUGUUAAAUGAAACGUAUUAUUAGUUACUAAUUUACGGAGGAGAAUAAAAAUUCAAGUGCU